GCGGACUUGGUGGGGUGGGCGCCGACGCCCCUCGGCGGCCGGCCCUCGGCGCGGCUCCGCACCAGGCCCCGCAGGAAGCGCGCGCUGAUUGACAGCUGCGCUGUCCCAAAAAGGCUCGGCGAAGAUGCUGAUCUAGACGCGCGGCCGGCGCGCCCGGUGCCCGCUCCCCUCCGCGCGCCUCCCGAGCCCGCCGCCUCCCCGGCGGCGGAGGAGCCGGGCUGAGGUCCCCGCCGGCGCGCCAGCCCCCGCGGCCCCGGCCGGCCGGCGCUCUCCCCGGCUCACCAUGCACUGCCACGCGGAGCUGAGGCUGAGCUCGCCCGGCCAACUCAAAGCAGCCAGGCGGCGCUACAAGACUUUCAUGAUCGACGAGAUCCUUUCCAAGGAGACCUGCGACUACUUUGAGAAACUUUCCCUCUACUCCGUGUGCCCGUCGCUGGUCGUGCGACCCAAGCCCCUGCAUUCCUGUACCGGCCCUGCUUCCCUCCGGGCAUACCCUCUCCUCUCAGUGAUCACCCGACAGCCCGCGGUCAUCUCCCACCUGGUCCCUGCCACCCCGGGAGCUGCCCAGGCAUUGUCCUGCCACCCGGCCUCUGAGGCCACCUCUGCUGAGGUCCCGGGGGGCGAGGCUCUAGGCAGCAGCGAGUCAGAGACGGAGCAGCCCACGCCCCGGCAGAAGAAGCCCCGUCGGAGUCGUACUAUCUUCACUGAGCUGCAGCUCAUGGGCCUGGAGAAGAAAUUCCAGAAGCAGAAGUACUUGUCCACCCCAGACAGGUUGGACUUGGCCCAGUCUCUGGGACUCACUCAACUGCAGGUGAAGACUUGGUAUCAGAACCGCAGGAUGAAGUGGAAGAAAAUGGUUCUUAAAGGUGGACAGGAAGCACCCACAAAACCCAAAGGUCGUCCCAAGAAGAACUCCAUCCCCACCUCAGAAGAGAUUGAAGCUGAAGAGAAGAUGAACAGCCAGGCCCAGAGCCAGGAGCGCCUUGCACCCUCCCAGAGACAGGAGGAGCUCUGUGACACACAGGAAGCAAAAGCAUGCGAUGUCCCCUUAGAGAUGCCAGAGCCCCCAGGCCAGCCCCAAGAGUUGCCAGUAGCCUCUUCGGAACCCCCACCAUCAAGCUAAAAUAAAACUCUUUGGGGGGAAGGGGGAGAUGGGGAGGAAUGGAAAGAGAAGGCAGGAAGAAUAGGGAACCGCUUCCCAAAGCCUGGUAAACUCGGUGGGGGGGAGGGGGACAAGAGAUCCUCGUCCCCCUCUCCCCCACGGGUCUCAGUGGUUUUCAUCACAAGCAUUUGAUGAAGACUUGGCUUGCCUUAGGCCUUUCUGUUCCUGAAAGGCUGCUUUAGCCAUGGGAUGCCCUUGACGAAGGGAAACAGUGCCUUGGAACUGCCUGCCCCCACUGGGGUGGUGGCUUCGGGGCUGGGUGCAAGAGGCCUGCCCAUGUUGUGAGCCCCACCCUGGCGUGGUGGAGGACUGCUCUGGCUCUCUCCCUGCCAGCCUCUGGGCAGCCCGGCGUCCAAGCAGAGAGAGAUGGAGAAGCUUGGGCAGCACGCCUGGCUUCCUUGCUGACUCAGCACUUAACUUCUGUAGUUUUGAAAGAGAAUUUAAUGGUUUUGGUUGUUUUUUUUGGGGGGGUGGGUGGGACCGGUGAGGGCAGACAAAGAAAAGUUGGGGGAAGGGAGUUCUGAAUUAUUAGACUUGUUUCUGAAUAAAGUUUGUUUGAAGACUCGUGUGCCUUUGUACCCAUUACAAGAUGGUCAGGUGACCUGAGAACGGAUACGCCUUGUUUUUCUUGCUUUUUUGAGUUGCCAUCCCUGAAGCUGCAAUGCAGAUAUGUUAAGAAAACUUUUAUUUUUUAAUGAAAAAUAAAUCUUUCAAAAGGA